UUUGACGUCCACGCUACAUCUGUCGGUGGUAAAUGGAAUCAGCAGUGGAUUGGUGCAGUACAGUAGCUGUCUCGCUUCGUGGAGCGGCAUUUCGUCAUUUUCGCAUCCGUGCGAAAUCCGAACGAACGAGUGAGCGAGCCGCGUCGCCAUCUUUAGGAACGGUACCGACUGUCUUCACCUCUUUGGUUUUUCCAGCUUUAAAAGUCUCGAAUAAGUGUGCCCAGUGUCUCCAUACCGUGUACUACAUUGUUUCCUGUCGCGCGAAGAGACACAACGCACGGUCGUUCGCGAUGUUCGUUUAACACUUUCAUUUCAGUGUGGUGAGUGGCGUGUAUGUACAGAAGAGCAGACGACAGUUUCGCAAGCUGUCGGAGGGUUGAGAGUCGAUCGAACAGCGACAUUCUCUCCAGUCAGUGUGUUUUCAGUGUAUUGGUGAGUGCAUGAAAGGAGGCGGAUAAGAAAGACCGAGAGCACGGUAGUAGACGGCGAACGACGGGCUAGUAGGAUUGACAGGGAAGAUGGCGCGAGGCGCGGACGAGAAUUAAUGCUGACCCAUUUUUCCGCGCGAAAUCGCUCGGUGUUGCUCGUAAAGGCGGCCUUAAGUGAAAAAAUAAGCCACUGUGUGUGCCCUGCUGAGUGUUAGUGGCCUGCUGGACAGUGUGACAUAGGGCCGGACGAUAGUAGGUCAUCGGUCGAAGGUGUGUACAGUGGGCAGAAAAAUUCUGAGGAGGCCGGAACACGGUGGAGCCUCAGGCACGGCUACGGUAAAGGAUAAAGGAAAACGAAGACGCAGUCUUCUGGAACUUCUCGAGCUGCGUAGAGCCCUGGCCGGCUCGGGCACCAGCGCGGCUGCUAAGAUGGGCAACAAUGCUGCGACCGCUAAUAAGAAGGUCGACGCCGCCGAGAGCGUGAAGGAGUUCCUUGACAAGGCGAAGAAGGAGUUCGAAGAUAAGUGGAAGAAAAAUCCAACCAACACUGCUGGUCUCGAUGAUUUCGAGCGGAUCAAGACUCUUGGCACCGGUUCAUUCGGUCGGGUCAUGAUCGUUCAACACAAACCGACUAAAGAGUAUUAUGCCAUGAAGAUCCUAGACAAACAGAAGGUGGUGAAACUGAAGCAGGUCGAGCACACAUUGAACGAGAAGAGGAUACUGCAGGCUAUCAGUUUCCCGUUUCUCGUUUCCCUACGGUUUCAUUUCAAGGACAACUCGUACCUGUACAUGGUCCUCGAAUAUGUACGGGGUGAGAUGUUCAGUCACCUUAGGAAGGUCGCGUUCUCAGAGCCCCACUCACGCUUCUAUGCGGCACAGAUCGUGCUGGCCUUCGAAUACCUACACUACCUCGACCUGAUCUAUAGGGACCUGAAGCCGGAGAAUCUGUUGAUCGAUUCGCAGGGUUAUCUGAAGGUCACCGACUUCGGCUUCGCCAAAAGGGUGCAGGGCCGAACAUGGACCCUGUGCGGCACCCCCGAGUACCUAGCGCCCGAGAUAAUCCUCAGCAAGGGUUACAACAAGGCUGUCGAUUGGUGGGCGCUGGGUGUGCUGGUGUACGAGAUGGCGGCCGGUUAUCCGCCAUUUUUCGCCGACCAGCCGAUACAGAUCUACGAAAAGAUCGUGAACGGUAAACCUCGCUUUCCUUCACAUUUCGGCUCGGACUUAAAGGACUUGCUCCGUAACUUGCUGCAAGUCGACCUGACCAAAAGGUAUGGCAACCUGAAGGCUGGUGUGAACGACAUCAAGGGCCACAAGUGGUUCGCCAGUACCGAUUGGAUAGCAGUCUUCCAAAAGAAAAUCGAGGCCCCCUUCAUCCCGAAAUGCAAGGGGCCCGGAGAUACGAGCAACUUCGACGACUACGAGGAGGAGACCCUGAGGAUCUCCCUGACGGAGAAGUGUGCUAAGGAGUUCGCCGAAUUUUGAAGUUACAAUGAUCCUACGAAGAUGAUGAUGAUGAUCACACGUGUAACGCUUUGUAUUAAGCGAGAGAGAGAGAGAGAUAGACGAAGUAAGAUGGAAUUAUAAUCUGAGUAAGAGUAUGCUUGUGUGUGUGUAUUAGGGCACACAUGGCCAGGCGUAUACACACACGCAUACACUAACCAACACCACUUUUACAAGAGAAAAAUUCAAUUUUUUUUCAAUAUAUGUGUGUUCCCUAAAGAUGGCGCGUGUAAAGUUUAGCUUCGACCGGGAUUAUUUUGUACAUAAAUAGCCACCUAUGUGAAUGUUCUUCGGGCCCCUCAGCCUCUUUUAACACAGCCGAAAGAGAGGAGAUCAAAUUGUCUCAUGUCGUGCAUUGUUGUCUAUUUGUCGUACGAGCAUCUUCAUUUUGCUAGUCGUCACACGAUUAAUUUUUUUUUUUUCAUCAAACAAGAGAGACUGUGUGUGUGUGUGUGUGUGUGUGUGUGUGUGUGUGUGAGA